GACAGCAAAUCUAAAGAGGAGCUAGCCGCAAGCAAUUUAUUUCGCUCAACUAGCAUAACUGUCUUGGGAGAUUAUAUUUAUACUGGAUUUAAUAAGGUCUAAUAAUAACAAAGUGCAUUUUAACAUCAACGUCGCACGUUUUUGUAUCUUUCUUCGUAUGACUACCUAACAGUUAGCUUAGCUUGCUAGCAAGCUGCAAGUGUGGUAACGUUAGUUUGAGAAGAAGCCUGCUAGCGGUUUACACAGGUGCUAACGUUAGCUAGCUAACCAGCUGCCAGAAUGAAUGUCGCAAAAAGUGGUUAUCGGGUCUUCUCUGCCAAUUCUACUGCAGCAUGUACAGAACUAGCCAAGAAGAUAACUGAACGACUAGGAGUUGAAUUGGGCAAGUCGGUGGUCUAUCAAGAGUCCAAUAGAGAGACCAGAGUAGACGUGAAGGAAUCUGUUCGCGGCCAAACUAUCUUCAUCAUCCAGACCAUACCCAGAGAUGUCAACACGGCCAUCAUGGAGCUGCUGGUCAUGGCCUACGCCCUUAAGACCUCCUGUGCAAAGAACAUAAUUGGGGUCAUUCCCUAUUUCCCCUACAGCAAGCAGUGCAAGAUGAGAAAAAGGGGUUCCAUAGUGUGCAAGCUGCUGGCUUCCAUGCUAGCCAAAGCAGGUUUAACUCACAUCAUCACCAUGGACUUACAUCAGAAGGAGAUUCAGGGCUUCUUCAGUUUUCCAGUGGACAACCUGCGUGCCUCCCCCUUCCUGCUUCAGUACAUCCAGGAGGAGGUCCCAGAUUACAGAAACGCCAUUAUUGUUGCAAAGUCACCGUCUGCUGCUAAGAGAGCUCAGUCCUAUGCAGAGCGACUGCGUUUGGGCCUGGCAGUGAUGCAUGGCGAGGCUCAGUGUUCAGAGUCUGACAUGGCGGACGGACGACACUCUCCCCCCUGUGUCCGUAACACCUCAGGACACCCUGGGCUGGAGCUGCCUUUAAUGAUGGCCAAGGAGAAGCCCCCUAUCACUGUUGUAGGAGAUGUGGGAGGAAGAAUCGCCAUCAUUGUUGAUGACAUCAUCGACGACGUGGAGGACUUUGUGGCGGCAGCUGAGAUUCUGAAGGAAAGAGGAGCUUAUAAGAUCUACAUCAUGGCUACACAUGGGCUGCUGUCUGCCGAUGCCCCCCGUCUUAUUGAGGAGUCUGCCAUCGACGAGGUGGUGGUGACUAACACCGUCCCUCACGAGGUACAGAAGCUCCAGUGUCCCAAGAUCAAGACAGUGGACGUCAGUAUGAUCCUGGCCGAGGCCAUCCGCCGCAUCCACAACGGGGAGUCCAUGGCCUACCUGUUCCGCAACAUCACGGUGGACGACUAGGGCCAGAGACAUAGGGUUGAGUCUGUGCUGGAGGUGAGGUGUUAGGAGAAAACCGGUGGUAUACACGCUAUGCUCCCCUCCCCUCUCCACAGUCCUAGAAGUGCAUACUGUCCCUGUUGUCUGCACCUUCACACACAGCCUAGUUCAGAUGACUAGGACGAGGGGGAGUACCGUCAUCAUAUCCCCUCUUACAAACCAAUAAAAUGCAUUUUCAUCAGCUUUUAGUGCCCGAAACAUAACAUGGAGUUGCUCAAUAAAAGUGAUAAAAGAAACAAAAAGUUAAGCAAUACUAAAAGGUUGAUUUAACAUGCAUAUUUGUUGUCAGGUCAUUUGUGUUUUUUUUGCCUUACUAUGCUAAGGUCUGGCAAACCAGCAAUGCAUGAAUUACUGUACCUCACCUCCAUGGUAGUUUUGAUGUCUUAUUUAAUUCCUCCAUGCUUCAAGAUAUGAAGGGAUUUGUUAUUUUGUUGGUUCAUUGUUCACUGUUUUUCCCACCUGAAUAAAAGGUGUAGGGUGAGUGUUAUGAUGAAAACUAGCUUUCCUUGUCUAGCCCAGGGGUGGGAAAAAUAUAUCUGUAUUGUUUGGGGGGUGGCGGAAAUUAUUUUGGGUCGAAAAACUCCAGGCCACUCUUGAACGUCUGAAGCUAGAUAAAAAGUAUGUAGAAAUUAUAAUGGACCGAUAUUUUUUUCAAACUGCCCUUUUUCUGGCCCACAAAUUGCUUUUGAAAAAAAUCUGUGCGGCCUUCUGAUAAAUGUUGAAAUCCCGAUGUGGCCCUCGAGCCAAAAUGAUUGCUCACCCCUGGUCUAGCCACUGUCAACAUAUCUAAUGAUGGCUUUUUCUUCAGUUCUCCGUUAUGAAGGAGGGUGACCGUAUUUCACUCUGUUGAAGUAUCUUCCCAAUAACAUCACUUAUUACUUGAAUCAUUUCCCCCCCACCUCUGGCCCUCCAGGCCUACCGAGCACUGUGACUGCUUUGCAUUUAGAUGCAGGUGUGUUAAUGCAAAACCUACCGAGAACAAAGCUAAAGGAACCCUAGUACAGCAGCUCCCAACCAGUUCUGUGUUCUGUGUGACACCUAAGCCUCGUGAAUUCAGGCUGACUCACCAAAUACAUCUAAUAAGACCACAUGUAUUGUCUACCACCACACAUUAGGCCACAGAUUAGGAACUUUUGACCCACCAUGUUUGAAUCCCAAACACUGUCCUAGUCAUUGUUACUGUAUUGGUCCAGUCAGUCAACUGUUCUCUGUGUAACUGUAACAAAUGUCAUGAUUGCAACAGAUCGUUGGGCAAACUGUAUAACAUCAGCUGGAUAUCUGAAUGGAUAUAACCUUUUAUAUUAAAGGGGGAUAUGACAUCCUGACUCUGAAGUAGACUUUCCUAUAUAGUCUUGUUGCUUCUCAUUGGCAUUCAGAAAGACUGACAAUAUAUGCAUUAUGUGUCCAUGCUGCGGUCAUGGUUUUGAAUAUAGAAAUUGUAAUCGUGACCCUUUACCGUAUGAUGUAUGGAAUUGUGGUGUCAACUUGCUGAUCAGGAGGACUGAGAUCUGUCAUGAUGGAUGCCAUUUAGUGUCCCCUGUGAAAAGAUGUGGACUAAUAGUCAAACUGAUGUUCAAGGGAAGUCAUGUCUGAACAAUCUGUUGGAGCUUUAAGCCCUAGGAGAUAUGCUUCUGAGGCAAAUGCAUAAUGUAUGUGAAGGAAAAACGCUCUUAAUGCUUGUGCCUAUGUCUCUGGUACAGCAAAGUCUGCAAAUGUAAAUGUGUUGCAUUCCGUUCGGCAGAACUUUCUCUUUACCAUUCUUUGUUACUUUUGUUGUUGACAUUCGUUCCUUUGUUAUCCUGUAGGAUGUGCUAAUUGUAAACCGCUAACUAUACCUGUGUGUGGUACAGACAUGAGGAAAGGUCCUUCUUGGAGAGAGAUAGCUGUUGCUAUGCCAACUCAUAUCCAUGUCUUCCGAUAGCACGUUGAUUUGUUACUUCAUUCUCAUUGUCUGAUCUUGAUGUAGCCUAUUUGUGAGUUUAUGAUUUAAUCGAAUAAUUGGUGUCUGCAUCCAAUUUUUUGUAAGUUAAAAUAAACC